AUGAGGCGAGUAAUGUUAAACGUCAGCGCCGGCCACGGCCGCAUUGGAAAACACAGAAAACAUCCCGGCGGGCGAGGAAACGCCGGAGGAAUGCACCACCACCGCAUCCUCUUCGACAAGUACCAUCCAGGUUACUUCGGCAAAGUCGGGAUGAGGUACUUCCACAGGCUCCGCAACAAGUUCUAUUGCCCCAUCGUCAACAUCGACAAGCUCUGGUCUCUCGUUCCUCAGGAAAUCAAGGCCAAGGCUUCCCCAACCAAUGCUCCGAUGAUCGAUGUCACUCAGUUUGGUUACUUCAAGGUUCUUGGUAAGGGCGUAUUGCCUCAAUCUAUGCCGAUCGUUGUCAAGGCUAAGAUUGUUUCGAAGACUGCUGAGAAGAAGAUCAAAGAGGCUGGUGGUGCCGUUGUUCUCACCGCUUAGGUUUGCUUUUGUUUUUUGAAAGUUAGGGUUUUGAGUUUUACCACACUUUGGGCGUAAACAAGAUGACAUUUCUAUGAUUACUAUGUUUAGCUUUUAAUGAUGCAAUGCAAUAUUAUUGUUUUUUGUUUCUGUUC